CCAGCUUCUCUCCGGAAGCGUAGGAAAGAAGCAGUUGUGGUACAUAAAAUCUGGAAAUGGAGAAAUGAGACUUCAGUGGGGCUCACUCAGCAUCUCUGGAAAGUAUAAGAUCUAGCUUUCUCUCCUUCCACUCUCUGCCCUGGAGUCUGCGUCAGCUAAAAUGUCCCAUUUUGUGCUGUUUCACUGGAUUAUGCUACAGAUCUUUAUAGCCCACACUGCAUCUGAGCCUGUUGUUAGAGGCGUAAUAGGGCGACCUGUUCAGUUGCCUUGCACCUACCCGGUGGCACGACAUAAGGACAUCUCCGACAUGUGCUGGGGCAGAGGCCCAUGCCCAAAUUCUAAGUGCAACGACAAAAUUUUGCACACCACUGGGAAUAGGGUGACAUACAGAAAAUCGCAGAGAUACAAUCUCUGGGGCUAUAUUUCCUACGGAGAUGUGUCUCUCACAAUUGCGAAAGUGAAGGCAGAAGAUGCAGGUACAUACUGCUGCCGCAUAGAGAUCCCGGGUUGGUUCAACGACAUCAAACGGAACAUGCGUCUGGAGGUGGUCAGAGCCCCUCCAGUGAUGACAACCACCACGAGAAAGGCUCCCGUUUCCCCUAAACGUUUUAGAAAAACAACUUUUGCUCCCCAAGCAACCUCUGAUCAUCAAACAACAGCAGCGACUGCUGUCCUCCUGACAACCACCGUCCCCCCAGCAGCAACAGCAACCACCGAUCAUCAAACAACAGCAGGGUCUACUGUCCUCCUGUCAGCCACCAUCCCCGAAGCAACAAUUGCAACCACUGAGUCUCCAGCAGGAAUUACACUGCAGACCAUCGCUCCCCCAACAUUUGCUGUGACAGAAAAUGGUACUCUUCCAGAAACUAUGGUGACAACUAGUGCUCCCCCAGGUUUUUCAACUGGUUUCCAAGCAGCUGACAUGAGGACUGAAGAUGACGAUAGGUUCUGCCCAACAGAGUCUGUCCCUCUUCCUGGAGGUACAAAAGUGACCACCAAAUUCCCAAGUACACUUCCAACUGCAGAGGGAACUAAAAGUGCUGACGCUUCUCCCGUGGUGGAAGAUGUGCCAACUGCAGGGAUUUCGGCAAGUUCAGGCGGCAAGGCUGAGGAACGUGAUGAUACUGGAGAUAAGUUUCCCAGCUAUGCCAUUCUCAUUGCCUGUCUCGUAGCGCUCUCCAUUCUUUUCAUAUUGAUGCUCUCGCUGUUUUGGAAACGACUGUGUCACCACGAGGAGACCAGGGAGCAUGCGUUGGUGGGGAUGCAGCAGGAGGAAGCCUGUGCAAAGAACCUGCUCACUCACUUGCUGCAGGUAAACACAGAAAGAAGUUUAUAAUAAAAAGCCUUGAACCAGGGGAAGACUGUGAAAAAGUUUUCAAUGGCGCUGAAGGAGAAAGCAGCAUGUUUUCCCUGUGAAGACGUCCUACGUCAUCUGUGGAUGUCGUGGAAAAUAAAAAGGACCUGUUUCAUGCUGCUCUGAGAGAUGCUUAUGAGCCCUCAAAAUAUCACUGGGUGAAAACCAAAGGCCAAAGCUUCAACUGUGAAAAUUUAAAAUCUUUGUGCAAAUUUUGCCAUGUCACCUUUCAAACUCAUUGCAUAAAGAAGCUUCUUUGAGAAGGUCCUUUAUGCAUUAUUCAUAGGUGUUGCCAGCAUCCGCAUUCUUACUGAUACCUUGCUACAGAACUGAAUUUGGUUUUCUCCAUUUUUACUAAUGCUCUUCCUUGAGCGUUAGUAUGCUUGAAUACAAUGAAUACAACUUAUACUGUGAGGAACAGAAGAGAGAAGAACUAACAUGGAAUGCUGACUAACUUCAAAUUGCCAAAAAUAUAAAAAACAGGAAAUACGGUUCUUAUUGCUUUUAUAUAAUCAAGUGAAAAAUUAAGCCGCAAGAAUGCUGCGAGUAUGAAUCAAAAAUGCAGCUUACUUUAUGGGUACCAUUGCUGCCUGUGAUUCAGCAUGUUGGAAUGACCCUUGGAGACUAUAUUAAUAAACUUUGCAAUUUACUGCUA